AUGGACAUACUCCAAGCGACAAAGGCAGUCUUCUUCCUCGGUACACCACAUCGUGGCAGCCACGUCUUGGAAAAACUCUUUGCCCAGACUGGUCUCAAAUUGGGUAAGAUGAUGUUGCAUAAGCAAAUGCCCGCGCAGAUUAAGACUGCUCUGCAACCUCGAACCAGCGAGUCAUUCAUCUGCAACUCAGACUUCGUCAAGAUCAAGGGGUCUAUCGCCAUAGUGAACUUUUACGAACAGGUAAACCUGCCGGGCUUAGGUGAGCUCGUGGUCGAUAAGGACUCAGCCGUCUUCGACAGUGAGAAGGCUGAAAAUAUACCGAUUGCCAGAGACCAUCGGCGCCUGGUGAGAUUCACUGGACCUGAAGAUGAUGCGUACCGGACGCUGCUUGAAACAUUGAAGAGAAAAAUUCGAGUAUUCCUACUUGAGACUGACCCGGCGAAGGGUACUGUACCACUUGCGUGGCGCCGUGGCAAGAGGCCGAUCGAACCUCAUCGAGCCACCCUACAGUGGUUCUGGGAGCGCGAGGGCAAGUUUCUUAAAUGGCUUACCCGCGGCGCAGGCCUCUUCUCCAUUGAAGGUAAGCCAGGAAGCGGGAAAACUGUUCUCAUGGGGGAUAUGGUGAGCAAAGCAAAGCAAUUCAGCGAGAUGGACGUUCUCGUCCAUCACUUUUUCAACAAACGCGGCCAGAUCAUUGAGCAUUCGUUUCAAGGAUUUUUGCAGUCCGUGUUGGAGCAGAUUCUACGCCAGCAGCCGAGCUUAUUUGAGCACAUGCUGCAAGACUGGUAUACGAUGCAAGACCCUCAGCAAAUGACACCAAACCACUGGCCGGAAUGGUUGUUGAAACGAGCUCUCACUCAGGUAAUAGCACGAGGAUCCACAACUCUGCGAUUCCUUAUGAUCUUUGAUGCUCUUGACGAAUGUCAAUCUGAGAUUGACAUUGUGGAGAUCCUGAGCUUCUUAAAGGUGCUGUUAUCUGGCACUCUAGGAAAGAACGUGCGCAUCGUUUUUUCUUGCAGAUAUUUACCCGACACAUCGAACCUGAAUCCGGCCGAGUGCUUGCGAAUGGAACAUCACAAUCAGUCGGAUAUAGCAAACCUUGUCCACGACGUUUGGUCUUCCUCCAUACCUAUGGAUGCGCCAGCAGACGAGUUCCAGGAGCUGAAGAAAGCCAUCAUCAAGAAAGCUAAUGGUAUUUUUCUGUGGGUGCGCCUGGCGUUGGACCGUGUAACUAAAGCCGUCCGCGACGGUGGAACAUCCGAUGAAAUUCGCGAGACCAUUGAUGAGCUUCCCGGCGAGCUCAGCGGUAUAUUCGAAAUGCUUCUCGGCCAUCCUGCACAGAAGCACCGAGAAGAGACCCACGCUAUGUUGAGCAUGGCGCUGACGGCUAAGAAGCCGCUGACCAUAGAGGAGUUUAGGCUGGUCCUGAAUCUUUGCUCUGACGAUGCUAUAAGCUCUCUCGCCGAUAUGAACCGGUCAACGAAGCUUGUGUCAAAUUAUCAAGUCAUGCAGAGAAGGAUACGAAGCCGUUGUGGGGGGCUCUUAGAAGUUGUGCCUGCCGACAGACUCGAUACCGCCGAGGAGGUUGGAGGAACGGCGCGGAACGAAAGCCGCCAAGUCGUGCAGUUUGUGCAUCAGUCUGUGAAGGACUUUCUUUCUCUCCGGAGCCAAGAUAAGACGACCGGCUUGCCGAGUCCAGAACAGUUUGAAAAGGACGGACACGCGAAGCUCACAAGAGCAUGCCUCCGGUAUCUUCGCAUGAGUGAGACGUACCGGUUGUUGAGGUCGUCUCCAAACACCACGCAUUACGACUUAUCCUUGCUGGCCGUCCGUAAGAAUCUGGUCAGCCUCGUGGAGCACCUGUGCAAGACGGGGGAGCUUGUUCAUGAAACCCGUUUCGAGGCUGAUAUACGAAGAAGCGAGCUUGAUGACAAUCACGGCCAAGCUGCAGUCCAGAACGUCACCCUCAUGUCGUUACUCACCACUGGAAGUAUUGACUUUGGUUCCGUAUUUGGGGCCGAGCAGGAUGAAUAUCGCGUUGACGCCGAGAGCACUGACCUUUUUGCUCGCAUGGUAGCCUCGGGAGGGCCAUUGAGUGCGAUGCAGCAGCUGGUCUGUCUCGGCGGCGCUAGCAUGGUCGUUGAGUGCUCAUCCCAUGACGCCGAUAACCUCUUACACCUGGCAGCUGUGAAUGAGGAUCCCAUGAUGGCCGGGUACAUGCUCGAACUAGGUAUUGACUUGAACGCACAGAACACUGACGGCGAGAGCCCACUACAUGUUGCGGCGUCGUUAGGAACCAGGGCACAAGUAGAGCUGCUUCUCGAUCGUGGGGCCGACACGUCGCUGCUGACGCUUCGAGGACGAACGGUCUUUCACUUGGCAUUGCUCAACCCCAAGUUGAGACCCUGCAAGGCGCUACUGGCUCGACUGUUUGCCACGGACGCGAGCCAGCACAUUGCAGACCGAGACGGAGUUCUACCCAUUCACUUGGCCGCAGCGCAGGGAUGGCUGGCGACAGUUGAAUGGCUAAUCGAGAUCGGAGCCGACAUUUUUAGCCGCGACAAUCAGGGCCGCACGCCGCUUCACACAGCAGCAGCCUCCAUGGGCAUUGACUCGACGGCGGUGGUUCGGUUCCUCGUCGACAAAGGCCUGGAAGUGGAAGACGCAGACGAAGGAGGCAUGACGCCGCUGCACCACGUGUUGUACAGCUACGAUGUAUUGCAUAAAGACGCGUUUGAUCCGGAGGUAUCAUUGGCGAAUGCUCGAUACCUGCUGCAGCGCGGCGCGAACGUUAACGCGAAGGACCUUGAGGGGACAACGCCGCUUCACCUGGCCGCAUGGCGUGGCAAUUCUGCGGUGGUGAAGCUGCUGCUGAAGUCGGGCGCCGACGUUGAAGCGCGGAAUCGAGCAGAUGUGAAGCCAAUAGAUCAUGCUAAGGAAGACGAGAUUUGGGAGCUUCUCGAAUUGGCAGCGAGGAUCUGA